CACCCCACCCCACGGCCGGUGUUCGGGUUCACAACGCGAAUCACGUUGAAGGACCGACAGGUCUCGCAGUACCACCCGACGGAGGUGUGCGGCUUCGUCUCUAUCGCGCGAAAGGGGUGCUUCACUGUAUGAAAUUUUUUGCAAGUUUUGCAUCACAAGUUUCUUCUACAUCGAUCACAGAGAAAAUUUGCCAUGCGAGACUCCUAAGGGAAAGCACAGCUAAACAUCCAUUGUCAUCUUCCAUGUGUAGCAAGACAAACACUUCUGAGUUCUCUUCUGACAUACAUUUUCUGCAUUACAAGUUCACAGAGAAACAGUUUUUUCUUCGUGAUAGUCUCCUCCGUCCGGCCAAUGUCCAGCGGGAGGGCGUUAUGGAUCUGUCAGGAUUGAAAUCGUCAAAGUUGAAAUAAUUUGUCAUGCACAAAAUGCAAGGCAUGAAAUGCCUGUCUUGCCGGGAUGGCAAGUGAGGCAGAUUGUCAGCCAAUUUAGGGUUUGGGAUAGAGCUGCUAAAGGAGCAUGACAAAAGCAGUCUUCUGUGCUCAAACAGCGUGACAAAUUGGAUUCCGGUGCUCCGAAAAUUUGUCAUGCGCCGCUUAGAAAUUGGUCUUCCAUCUGGUGUCCAUUUUAUGCGUGGCAAAUCAUUUCAACUUUGUCGAUUUCAAACCUGACGCUUCCAUAGGCGUGGGCGGUCCUUCGGACGAUGUCACCUGGCUGGAUGUAUUAUCGUAAGGAAAAAUCCUCCCUCCCCAUACCAAAGCGGAGAUUUGUGUAGCAUGAUCUGCUACCACAAGUCAUAUUGUCACGCUAGAAGGCAAAAGAUGCGGACUGUAGUGCUGGCUGGCGUGGGAAAACCUUGCACCUUCAGCAUCACAGGAGGUCGCUGUAAGUGAGAAACAGCAUGACAAAUCGCCUACGAUUUAGGCCGCAACUGCGUCUCUUUGCCUUCUAGCAAUACAAGUCGAUUUGUGUACGCAAAUCCAGCAUCACAAAUGUCCUUUUCAAUAUGGGGAGGGGGGAUUUUUCCUCACAAUAUGUAUGCAGCCGCGCUCCGUGUUCGCGGUUUCUGGCCGGAGUUGCUGCCCCAAUUCGACAAUCCUGUGCAAAAGUAUCGCAC